AACGCGACUUUUACCAAUUGCAAAUUGCAAUGGCGGUUGACCACCCAAAACUUAACUCAGCUCCUUCAAAACUAACCUCUCUCUAGAGAGAGAAAACACACCCACCCCUACAUGUAUAUAUACUUUUAGAGAGAGAGAGAGAGUCUCUGUUUGUUGCAUCAGAUCUGGAGAUCUAGUCAGUCUCUGUGUGUUUCAAUUCCAUCGGAAUCAUCACUCGGUUGAUGGAAAAUGGAGUACAUAGACAACUUGCCAGCCAUGGAUCUGAUGCGCUCCGAGAAGAUGACUUUCGUUCAGCUCAUCGUUCCCGCCGAGUCCUCUCACCGUGCCGUCUCUUACCUCGGCGAACUCGGCCUCCUUCAAUUCCGAGACUUGAAUGCUGAUAAAAGCCCUUUCCAGCGAACAUUUGUUAAUCAGGUAAAAAGAUGUGCAGAAAUGUCAAGAAAGCUACGGUUUUUCAAAGAUCAAAUACAAAAAGCUGGUCUAAUGUCUUCUGCUCAUCCUGCUAUGCUAGAAGACGUGGAAUUGGAGGAAUUAGAGAUACAACUUGCUGAGCAUGAACAUGAGUUGAUGGAAAUGAACCAUAACAGUGAGAAACUACGACAAACGUACAAUGAGCUGCUAGAGUUCAAGAUGGUACUGCAGAAGGCAAGUGGUUUCCUUGUUUCAAGUAAGAGCCAUGCAGUUGCAGAGGAAAGAGAGUUAGAUGAUCAUGUGUACUCUAAUGAUGACUAUGCAGAUACAGCAUCUUUACUUGAACAGGAGAUGCGACAUGAGCCAUCAAAUCAUUCUGGUUUAAGAUUUAUUAGUGGCAUUAUCAGUAAAUCCAAAGUUCUUAGGUUUGAGCGAAUGUUGUUUCGUGCAACAAGGGGCAACAUGCUUUUCAAUCAGGCACCAGCUGAUGAACCAAUUUUGGAUCCUGUAACAACUGAAAUGGUUGAGAAAAUGGUAUUUGUAGUGUUCUUCUCAGGGGAGCAGGCAAAAACAAAAACAACGAAAAUUUGUGAAGCAUUUGGUGCAAAUUGCUAUCCUGUACCUGAAGAUAUAACAAAACAGAGGCAACUAACUCGAGAAGUUUUGUCACGUCUCUCUGAAUUGGAAGCCACCUUGGAUGCUGGAAUCCGUCAUCGAAAUAAGGCCCUUACUUCCAUUGGAUUUCAGCUAACAAAAUGGAUGAACAUGGUUAGAAGGGAGAAAGCUGUGUAUGAUACAUUGAAUAUGCUUAAUUUUGAUGUCACAAAAAAAUGUCUUGUUGGAGAGGGCUGGUGUCCAAUAUUUGCAAAACCUCAGAUUCAGGAAACAUUGCAACGGGCAACAUUUGAUAGCAAUUCACAAGUUGGUAUAAUAUUUCACACAAUGGAUGCUGUGGAAUCACCUCCAACAUACUUCAGAACGAAUUGCUUUACAAAUGCAUUUCAGGAAAUUGUUGACGCAUAUGGUGUUGCUAGAUAUCAGGAAGCAAAUCCUGCUGUGUAUACUGUUAUUACAUUUCCUUUUCUUUUUGCCGUGAUGUUUGGGGACUGGGGUCAUGGAAUAUGCUUGUUGUUGGGAGCCUUAUUCCUCAUAGCUCGUGAAAGUAAGUAUGGUUCACAGAAACUUGGAAGUUUUAUGGAGAUGCUAUUUGGUGGCCGCUAUGUGCUCCUUUUGAUGUCGUUGUUUUCGAUUUAUUGUGGGCUAAUUUACAAUGAGUUCUUUUCCGUUCCUUUUCACAUAUUUGGAGGAUCCGCUUACAAAUGCCGAGAUACUACAUGCCGCGAUGCGCAUUCUGUUGGUUUAGUGAAAUUCCAAGAUCCAUAUCCAUUUGGUGUCGAUCCCAGCUGGCGCGGAAGUCGUACAGAGCUUCCCUUCUUGAACUCUCUCAAAAUGAAGAUGUCUAUUUUGUUGGGUGUGGUCCAGAUGAACUUGGGAAUUAUAUUAAGCUACUUCGAUGCUCGUUUCUUUCGAAACUCUCUGGAUAUUAGGCAUCAGUUUGUGCCACAGAUGAUCUUUCUAAACAGCCUUUUUGGGUAUCUAUCAAUUCUCGUUGUCAUCAAGUGGUGCACUGGUUCUCAAGCUGACCUUUACCAUGUAAUGAUUUACAUGUUUCUGAGUCCCUUUGAGGACCUUGGUGAGAAUCAGUUGUUUUGGGGCCAGAAAACACUUCAGAUCAUAUUGUUGCUUUCGGCACUUAUUGCAGUUCCAUGGAUGCUUUUUCCAAAGCCUUUUAUUUUGAAGAAGCUUCACUCCGAGAGAUUUCAAGGUCGUACUUAUGGAAUGCUCGGAACCUCUGAGAUGGACCUGGAUGUGGAACCUGAUUCUGCAAGGCAACGUCAUGAGGAAUUUAAUUUUAGCGAGGUCUUUGUGCAUCAAAUGAUACAUUCUAUUGAGUUUGUGCUUGGUGCUGUCUCCAACACAGCAUCAUACCUACGGCUUUGGGCUUUAAGCUUGGCCCAUUCUGAAUUGUCAACCGUUUUCUAUGAGAAAGUCCUCCUCCUUGCCUGGGGGUAUGACAACAUCAUCAUCCGGUUGGUGGGGUUUGCAGUUUUUGCCUUUGCUACAGCCUUCAUACUACUAAUGAUGGAGACCCUUAGUGCUUUCCUUCACGCAUUGCGUCUCCAUUGGGUCGAAUUCCAGAACAAGUUUUAUCACGGUGAUGGCUAUAAGUUCAGACCUUUCUCCUUUGCCUCAUUAACCGACGAGGAUGAUUAGUUCAUUUUCAUUAUGUAUUUUUUUGCGAAGAGCAAAGCACAAAGAAAAGAAAAAAAUUAAUAGUUCCAACAAAGGUAGAAAAAGUCAAAUUUUGUGCCUCUUCGCUUCGACACCGUGCAGCUCGAUUAGCUUAGAAAUGUAAAAUCUUUAGCUAAGAUUCUUUGGAUGUGUGGGUGGGUAUAAAAGGAUUCUGCCUAAUUGUAUUGGUAAGCCGGUUACCAAGAGAGCUUGUAAUUUUAUUUUAUUUUUGAAUUUUUUUAAUUAUAUUUUGGGUCGAUAGGGGUUGGGAUUCAGUUGCUGUAAAGAGGGUCCCAUUCUACCAUCCACCGCCAGGGUUGUUAGUUCUAUUAUUGGAGAGGCAGAUUUAUAGAAUUUCACACAUAUAUACACACACAUGGUGGUGUGGAUUUUGGCAAGGAAUUCUUUUGUUGUUCUUUCUUUUUUGUAAUAAUAAUGAGUUACAUGCACACAGAGUAGUUGUGCUUUAUA